GUCCUGUCAAGCUAAGUUCGGGGCACACGUCACCCUACAAUUAGAAACAAUGAGUUCGGGACCCGUGGAGAACGUAACCUUGUACUGAUCACGAAAGACGCAGAGUUGGCCAUUUCUAGUCUGGUGUCGUUAAUAUACGACUAUUAAAGCUGUAAAAUAACCAAAACAACUCAAGUCUGCAGGUGAAACAUUUUGAAAGUAAUACGAUAGUAGUUGCAUCCUUGUUGCCGCCUACUAAAAGGCAGGACACGUCAUUUCCAGCGCGACCAUUUGAGCUGGAGACCAUUUCUGACUGAAUCUGUAAUAUUCUGAUUGGGACAUGAAAACUAAUCUCAAAAUAUUGCCUCUUCUUCUGUCACUGGCUGUUCUGCAUACUCAGGCCACACUUUCCAAAACUGAUGGCAAGAAAGGAGGGACAAAAACACGAGACAAAGAGGCGCAGCCUCCAGCAUCCUCGGCUCAAGAAAGAGGUCUUGUAGUUACAGAUCCCAAAGCCAAAGACAUUGUGAAAGAGCACUGGCGGUACAGUGCAGAUAAGGAUAAUGAACAACAUUUCCAAGGGGACGUUCUUGGAUAUAUCACUCCAUGGAAUGGACAUGGCUAUGACAUUGCUAAGAUGUUUGGUUCAAAGUUCACCUCCAUUUCACCGGUCUGGCUUCAGAUACGUCGAAGGGGCAAAGAAUCCUAUCAAAUCACUGGGCUGCAUGAUGUUGACCAGGGAUGGAUCAGUGCAGUAAAGAAGUCCAGAAAUAUUAAACUGAUGCCUCGUAUCCUGUUUGAUGGCUGGUCAUACCAAGAUUUUGAAAUUUUAUUUGGCAGUGAAGAUGAGAUUGAAGAGAUGGUUGAGGAAAUGGUGAAAGUAGCUAAGGAGGAAAGGUUUGAUGGGUUUGUUAUUGAAGUGUGGAGUCAGCUUGGUGGACAAAAGAAAAAGGAACUUAUUCAUCUGAUUUCCCACAUCUCUGAAGCCCUUCAUAAGGCAGUCCUGAAGUGUAUUCUGGUCAUUCCUCCGGCUGUUGCUCCUGGAACCCACCAACCUGGUCUGUUUGGGCAAUCAGAGUUCAUUCAGUUGGCUCAUCUUGUUGAUGGAUUCAGCCUUAUGACUUAUGAUUAUUCUGGACCUGGAAGGCCUGGUCCAAGCUCUCCUCUGCCCUGGAUGCGAGCCUGUGUUCAAUCAUUAGACCCAGAAUCCAAGUGGAGAAGGAAGAUUCUGCUGGGUCUCAACUUUUAUGGAAUGGACUAUUCUUUAUCUGCAGGAUCAAUAGAUCCAGUCUUGGGGAACAGGUAUGUGGAAAUCCUGAAAGAAUUCAAGCCUAAACUGUCAUGGGAUGAACAUUCAGCAGAGCACUCUUUUGAAUACAAAAAGACCAACGGAGCAAAGCAUGUUGUCUUCUAUCCAUCUCUAAAGUCUAUUGAGAUGCGAAUAGCCCUGGCCAGUGAGCUGGGAACUGGCAUUUCAAUCUGGGAGCUGGGUCAAGGCUUGGACUACUUCUAUGAUCUUCUGUGAGCAUAUACUGUUUUACAAAUGGAUUAUCCAGAGCAGCUCUUCCAACUGUCCAAUAAUUGUUUCAAUGUCUCAUGUGUUUGCCUAGAGUCACAGGUCAAAACUGUGUAAAAUAUUGUGUCUAGAUGUGGAUCACUCUUUCAAGUACCCUGUGCUUCCCAAUUGGUUGGACUGAUCUUGCCAGUAAAGCACAUGGUCACCCUUCUGAGCCAAAAUUUAAUUUUAUUUUGUGUCUGACUUUUAAGUUAAUUAUAUUUAAUUCUUAGAAUUUUUUUGAUGACAUGGUGUUGGAGUAGUUAGCACUACUAUAGCACAGCUCCAGGUGUAUGGAUCUGAAUCUGGAGAAAUCACCAGGUACUAAAAUCUGCAAAUUCUCUCCUGAUCACAGGCUGUUCUCCAUGUAAGCUUUUUUGCUGCAUCUCAAAGACCUUCAUGUUAAAUUUACUUGCAGUUUUAAAAUGAACUGAUAUCAAUGGUUCUGGAUGCUCCAAAUAUAACAUCUCAAGGACUGCUGUCCCAUCUUUCUUGGUUCUUGCCUUGUAGUCUAAACCUUCAUGUCUACCUCCAGCUUCACUUCAGUACUGUACUGACAUGAUUGAGCCCCAGACGUGGCACAGGUGGUAAGUUGUAGAUUGAAGUGGCUAGAGACUUGAAAAAAAUCCAUCCAAAAGAUUACUGCAAAUAUGUUUACAAAAAUAUUGCAACAUUUAGCCAAACAUUUGCAAUGUUGUUUAUAACUAUGCAAAAUUCAUUAAUGGCUUUGGAAGACGUAGUCUUUGAACAUAAUAUAUUAAUGAAGGGCAUGUUUGCUAAUGUUUCUUUGAAAUAAAAGUCUUUUAUCAACUG